UGUUCUUUAUAUUAUAAUCAAAAGCUUUAUCUUCUUCUAUCACUCGUUGUCUUUCCCUCCAAAAUUUCUAUGACGAGCGCCUGCAGAAUACUAACUUCAUCGUGUUUCUUUCUCAAUCGGCAGCCAUUUGGUACUCCGACCCAUGAAAGAUUUUCCUUUCCCAUCAAAACCCAACAUAAGUUAUCCUUCAGAGCAGAAAUCGGAACCAACGACGAAACAACCUCCAAUUCCCCGAAGGGAACCGACAUGGAUGGACCCAAAAGAUACAGUGGCGGUAAAGUGAGAAGAAAGUCAUCACACGGUACCUCUAGAAGGUCCGCUUUGAAGAAAACAUUCAGUCAGGAGCAGGUUGUGUUCGAUGGGCCUAUUUCUGAUGAACCUGUUGUUGGCAUCAUCGGUGGAGGGAUGUCCGGUCUUGUAUGUGCUAUGUAUUUGGAGAAGAGGGGAAUCCGGUCGACAGUUUUUGACACGGGAAAUCAUGGGUUGGGAGGAAGAUUGGGGACUAGAACGGUGGAUGAACAACAGUUGAUGUUUGACCAUGCUGCGCAGUUCUUCACUGUAAGUGAUCCUCAAUUUGCAAAGUUGGUUGAUGGAUGGCUUAAGAUGGGUCUGGUACGACAAUGGGAGGGAGCAAUUGGGGAGCUUGAACCUGGUGGUGGAUUUCUUCAACUUCCUUCUUGCUCUCCGAGGUAUAUAGGUGUUCAAGGAAUGAGGCCUCUUGCAAAUUCAAUACUUUCUCAGACUUCCAUGGUGGAGGUGGUAAGACCUUCUUGGAUUAGUAAGCUUGAACCGUACAAUGGGAAGUGGCAUUUGAGUGAGAAUGGAAAGCCUCAUGGAAAAUUUGAUGCCAUUGUUAUUGCUCAUAAUGGAAAAUGUGCAAACAAAUUGCUUUCAUCAUCAGGUUUGCCACUUAUUGCGAAGCAAAUGAAGCGGUUGGAAUUAAGUUCUAUAUGGGCUCUUCUUGCUGCAUUUGAUGAUCCUCUUCCUGUCCCAAUGACUGGUGAUGGUGCACCUAUGGAAGGAGCUUUUGUGAAAGGAGUUGAUUCUAUCUCUUGGAUGGCAAACAACACAAUGAAAUUAUCACCAGCUCAUAAAGGUGGACCUCAUAGCUGGACAUUUUUCAGCACUGCCACCUUUGGUAAAAAAAAUAAAGUUCCUCAGGAAAACAUUCCAACUGUAACUGCAGAGAGAGUUAAAGCAUUGAUGCUUGAGGGUGUUGAGAUUGGCCUAGGACUGCCUAAAAGCUCACUUAAUAUCCCCAUCUACACUCGAUUGCAGUUAUGGGGUGCUGCUCUUCCAACUAAUAGUCCACGUAUCCCAUGUAUCUUUGAUCCUCAAGGAAGGGCGGGAAUAUGUGGCGAUUGGCUAUUGGGUUCGAGCCUAGAGGCAGCUGCCUUGAGUGGCAUGGGCUUAGCUAACCAUCUUGCAGAUUACUUUGGAAGUGAUGGUUCAUCCCCAGAAGAGUUUGCAGUUGGCCUACAUAAUGAAUUUUGGCCUCUUGAUGGGAAAGAUAUUGGGCAAUUUCCUGGGUUAGAAUCUAGUGAACUAACAGAUAAGGUUCUUGCGAUUCAAGCUUAGAUUUUCAACACUAUGAUUAGAGCUUGCAUGCAUCUAUAACUUUGUUGCUGGGGGGUGAACGUCUGCAAAUUGAAGGACAUGAUGAUUUUUGCAGAACUUUCUAGGUCGGGUCCAAUGUUAUUUGCCAACAAGUUUUGACAAUAUUUUUUGUUGCAAAUCUUCACAUGAGACAACUGAGGGAAGAUGUAUGAAUCAUGUAGACAGUCCUAUUUCAUUUUUAAGGUUAAUUAUGUUGUUACAAACUA